CUGUCAGGGGUGGGGGCUUGGGGAGCAUGGACAUUCUAGUGACCCUGUGUGGAGUGGAGUGAAUGUUGCUGGUGUCUCCCUAAAGAAUCUGCACCCUGAUUUAGGCACUGAUGCAGAUAAGGAACAGUGGAAACAAGUUCACAAACAGGUGGUUGACAGUGCUUACGAGGUAAUCAAACUGAAAGGCUAUACAUCCUGGGCCAUUGGCCUAUCUGUGGCAGAUUUAGCAGAAAGUAUGAUGAAGAAUCUUAGGCGGGUGCAUCCAAUUUCCACCAAGAUUAAGGGUCUCUAUGGAAUAAAAGAUGACAUCUUCCUUAGUGUUCCUUGCAUCUUGGGACAGAAUGGAAUCUCAGAUGUUGUGAAGGUGACCCUGACACCUGAGGAAGAGGCCCGUUUGAAGAAGAGUGCAGAUACACUGUGGGGGAUCCAGAAAGAGCUGCAGUUUUAACGUCUUCUGAUGUCAUACCACCUCACUCUCUAGGCUACAGCAGGAUUUUAGUUGGAGAUUGUGCAUGUUGUCCUUUUUAUCUGAUCUGUGACUAAGAACAUCAGUUUCCUAAAGACAGAAAUAGUAAUGGUUUAUAAAACCCAGCAUCUGCAUCCUGAUGCUGGAGGGUCGUUAUCUUUUGUAGUCCUAAACUGGUUAGUGUGAAAUAGUUCUACCUCCUCAAAGGCACCACUGCCAAUGUUGCUCACACUACAGUUGCCCUUCAGACUAGAUGUGUGUUCACUGUGUGUUAUAUAACUUGUGGUUCCUUUUUCUAUAAUUAGUCACAUUCUGGGAUCCAAUGUAAAUCCAAUAUUGCAUGUUUUGUGCAUAACUGUUCUAAAGGCUCUUAUUCUGUGUACUGUAUUAUCAGAUUAGUGUACAUUGCCAUAUAAUGUAAAAAGAAAAAUCUACAUAUAAAUAAUACAGCCAACUAUCCAAGUGUCAUACCAACUAAAAUGCCAAGUAAACCUUGAACAGUGAAAAAAAAA